AUGCAGAAGAACAGAGCGGGCGAGCUUUCGCGGUACUUGCAGAGUCGAAGUGGAGAAGAAGCCGAUCGUCCGUCCGCCAUGAGAGCGCUCCAGAGAUCGCUCGCGUGGCUGAGGCCGCUCGUCGACUCCGCCGCCUGGGACUACGCCGUCGUCUGGAAGCUCGGUCACGACCCUUCUUGUUCCCUGUUCAUUGAGUGGGUCGGUGCUGCUGCUGCGGAGGAGGAGGAGGAGGAUCGAGGCUCGACGGCGUCAAGGUGGAGGAGCGAGGAGAGCCCCGCCGGCUGCUCUGCAGGGACCUCCGCGAUCAGCACCCCGAUUCGCGGAGAGGUGGGGAUAUCGAACCGGCCCAGGUGGAUUCGCGAGGCGAGCGCGUCGGACUCGAGUUCUGUUCAGGAAUUCACCGGAACAAGCGUUUUGAUUUCUGUCGUCGGCGGCAUCGUUGAGCUCUUCAGCGCCAAGCAUAUGCCGGAAGAACCCCUUGAAAAAGAAAUGAUGACGACUUGGAGUCUCUUCUUGAGAGAAGCUGUGAAUGCCGGGAUCUGCGAUUUAAGCAUCGACGAACUCCUGAUCCAAGAGUACUUUAAAAUCUAUCCAUCUCCGCUCCACCUUUCGGGUUUGGACCCUGGACUGCCACAACUUCCGACAGGAACGCAAAGUAGCAACUAUCCUGAAGGAUCAUCUAGUAGUUCUGAUCUGACUACUAAUGAGUACCCAUCAUUUGAUCUGCAUAAUAUUUUGGGAUAUCUUUCCCAAGCUGGACUAAUGAAACAGUCUGUUGUCGAAUCCAUGGGGUCUAAAGAUUCCAAGAGUUUGUCGAACCAGACAAAUUUGUCGGGUUGUCAUGUUGGGGCUGCAAAGCGUAAAGGUGUUGACAAACAACAGGAAGGAGGUAAAUGCCAAGCAAAGAACCUGGUCACAGAGAGGAAGAGGAGGACCAGGAUUAAAGAAGGGCUCUAUACUCUCCGUUCGCUCGUACCAAACAUAUCAAAGAUGGACAUGACUUCAAUCCUUGGGGAUGCAGCAGAAUACAUAGUGAAUUUAGAGACGGAGAUGAGAAAGCUCAAGGAGGAACUAGAGAAAUCUGAAAAAGAGUUAUGCAGACUGAAGGAUACUGACUCGAAGUCGCUGGCUCGAAGUGUGGGGCAUGGCUGCAGCAAAAGCUUGGCCGGAAAACUGGAUAACCUAGAGAUUUCCCAUCUCGACCUCAAGACAAACCCAAAGGUGAACUGA